AUGAAGAGCACAUCAACUCCAAGUCAGCAUAAAGUAUUAGCAGUUCGUAAACAAACAAAGGCGUAUAUAAAUUUAAUACGGGUGCGCCUUCAGAUUCAAAAGUGUUCGGCAUAUCUGGCUCGUUGGCCACAUCCGUGGUUGUUGAAGGAGGUGGCAAGCAACGAAUCACAACCAGAGGAGAACACCGAGGAUUAUAUGUCUGAGUUACAGUCUGCCAUUGGGCGUCUAUUUCUUUGUCUAUAUGGAAAACUCAACUCACUUAGUAAGUCAACAUGGUAUCGACGCGGAUUCCACACAGAAGGGCUACACAUUCAUGACAACGACCCAUUCGAUAGCAUUGACGUUUUACCUAAACGGCGUAAUGCAAUUUUAGAACGCCUGGAUUACUGGAACCAGAAGACUAACCUGAAGGUUGACAAAUCGUUCGAAGUGCUUAACAAGACUAUAUCAUCGCAACUUAACUAUUUUCUUGAGAACACUAGUGACUACUUGAAGCAGGCCCACCCUACCAACCUCCCUGACAAUGUGAUUGGAUAUGACCUGCUGAAGGAGAAGCUCGGGCCGCAACAGUGUCGUUCAGCAAUCUUAUCGGAACUUUACAACGAUCAGGAACGUACAAAGAAAAAGUCGGCCACCAGUUUUGAUGUUGUGGACUUACUUGUCCGCUCAUACUUCAAAACGUGA